AUGUACCCUACAUUUGCUGAGCGUCUAAAGACUUUUGAGAAUGGUAACUGGCCCAUCGACUUUUUGAAGCCUGAAGACCUAGCAGAGAUGGGCUUCUAUAGACCAAAUCACAACUGUAACGAUGAUACUGUAAAAUGUAUGUAUUGCAACAUUGAAGAGAGUAACUGGCAAUUUGAUGACAUACCAUUUCUGAGACAUAUAUGUCCUGCAUCAUACCAUCUUGCUGGUAUCAACACAUGUUGUCCUUGUUGUACAGUUAAAAAACACUCUUUGACGCAUACAGCACAACCAGCAUGGCCUCAGUAUUGCUGUCAACAAGUACAUCAACAGUCCUUCCAUGAUUGGCCCUCGUAUAUCCCAGUAAAGGCUGAAGAACUGGCUGAAGCAGGUUUCUUCUACUCUGGUACUGCUGAUCACACGACCUGCUUCUACUGUGGUGGCACACUGCAUGAUUGGGUUGAUGGUGAUGAUCCAUGGGGUGAACACUAUCGCUGGUUCCCUCGUUGCAUGUAUUUAUGGUUGAAAAAUAAAUCUGAUCUGGCAGAUGAUGAAGUAGAUUUAAGUAAAAGUGUAAAAUAA